AUGUCCCAUGAAAAUCCAAAGAAAAAUGGGGGUAAAACGAUUACGGUCUGGCCACAAUGGCUGGCUGCAUGCACACUCAGCUUAGUUGUUAUCGGAAGUGGCCUCGCGAAUGGCUGGGCAUCACCGUACUUGGCUCAACUGACAUCAACGGAAGCGAACAUGCCUUUGAGACUGACAGACACCGAAGCAUCCUGGGUGGCAUCCCUUUUAAAUCUUGGCCGGUUCACCGGCGCUUUGCUCAGUGCACUGUGUCAAGAGUACACCGGACGAAAGAAGGUGCUCCUGCUCAGUGGAAUACCGUUGGCUGCGAGCUGGGUGUUUAGUAUUUGUGCCACAUCGGUCGCAUGGCUGUACACCUCAAGAUUCUGCUCAGGAAUUGGCUCUGGAAUGACAUGGUGUGCACUGUCUUUGUAUUUAAGCGAGAUAGCCGAUCCCAGCAUCCGCGGAUCAUUGAUAUCCUUUAACGUGAACGCAUCUUCCGUUGGUAUGUUCUUGGGAAAUGCAAUGGGUCCUUAUCUGUCCAUGGAGAUGUUCGGGUACGUGAGUCUCGUUCCGAAUAUCCUCUUCAUGAUCCUCUUCAGCAUGAUACCCGAAUCACCCUACCAUUACCUCCUGCAUGGGGAUAUCGACAAGGCUGAAGCAUCCUUGAAAUGGUUCAGGCGAGAGACUGACGUCAAAACCGAGAUACGAGAACUUCAGGAAUUCGUCAACGGGACUGAAACAAAUAAUUUUGUCAAGCUGAAGGAAUUUCUCAUACCAAGCAACUUCAAAAAGGCUCUCAUCGUGGUCGGUAUUUAUUUCUUCUCCUACAUGACUGGGUACUCCGCUCUGAACUCGUACUCACAAAUAAUUCUCAUAAGAAGUAAAAUUAGCGUGACACCCAGUCUGGUGGUGACGAUUCUCGGACUUUCGACGAUUGUGGCCGGUGCAGCGGGUACGAUACUGGUCGACAAAUUCGAUAGAAGAUUCUUUCUGAUCAUCUCCGGCGCAGGAUCCUCCAUAUCCCUAGCAUUGUUAGGCUUACAUUUUCAUCUGCUUUCUUUGGAUUACAACGCAGCGAGUUUAACGUGGUUACCUAUAUUCUCCAUGUUACUGUUCAAUUUGUCCAUGUCCAUUGGACUACAGCCGAUACCGAGCACUCUGCUGGGUGAAAUGUUCACGGCGAACAUGAAGACUAUAGCUUCGACGUGUGUGAAUAUUAAUAAUGCGUUGAUGUCUUUCGCCAGUGCGAGAACUUAUCAGCCGUUUCUGGACUUAGUUGGUGAAAAAUAUGUGUAUUGGACUUUCAGUGUUUGCUCGAUAUUCGUUAUACCGUACGUUCUCUUUCUGAUACCGGAAACAACCGGAAAAAGUCUCUUGGAGAUUCAACAGUCUAUAAAAAAAUAA